CAGCGGCAGGGCCGGGGCCGGGGCCGGGGCCGGGGCGAGGGCAGGGCCUGGCGCGGCGCCGGGCAGCGCGGCUGCAUGAGGUUGAUGCUGCUGUGCUGCACCUGGAGGGACGAGCCUAUGGGAGAGGACGAAGGGACCGACCUGCCAGUGUGUGCGAGCUGCGGGCAGGGCAUCUACGAUGGGCAGUACCUGCAGGCACUGAAUGCCGACUGGCACGCCGACUGCUUCCGGUGCUGUGAGUGCGGGGCCUCCCUGUCCCACCAGUACUAUGAGAAGGAUGGGCGCCUGUACUGCAAGAAGGAUUACUGGGCGCGCUUUGGGGAGCUCUGCCAUGGCUGCUCAGAGCAGAUCACCAAGGGGCUGGUCAUGGUGGCCGGGGAGCAGAAGUACCACCCUGAGUGCUUCAGCUGCCUCAACUGCCGCACGUUCAUCGGGGACGGGGACACCUACGCACUGGUGGAGCGCUCCAAGCUCUACUGCGGGCACUGCUAUUACCAGAUGGUGGUGACGCCGGUCAUCGAGCAGAUCCUGCCGGAUUCGCCAGCUUCCCGCAUCCCGCACACCGUCACGCUUGUCUCCAUCCCUGCCUGCUCCGACGGCAAACGCGGCUUCUCCGUCUCCAUUGACCAGGGCUGCGGCACUGAGCACUCCCGCACCGUCCGUGUCCGAGAAGUGGAUCCAGACUGCAUCAGCCCUGACAUGAAGAACUCCAUCCACGUGGGCGACCGCAUCCUGGAGAUCAACGGCACCCCCAUCGGCCACGUUCCCCUGGAUGAGAUCGACCUGCUGAUCCAGGAGACCAGUCGCCUGCUCCAGCUCACCAUCGAACAUGACCCCCACGAGCCCCUUGCCCGCGAGUCGGGGCUUGCCUGCAGCCCCCUGCCCGCCCCGUGCAGCCCCCUGCGCUCCCCUGCCCUCCCGCCCUGUGGGGAGCCCGGUGCCAUGCGCCAGCGGACUGUCACGAGGAGCUGCAGCACGGACAAAUCUCCGGGCUCCGGCUCGGUGGGCUCGCCCGCAUCGCAGCGCAAGGACAUCGGUCGCUCCGAGUCGUUGCGUGUCGUCUCCCGCGCCCAUCGCAUCUUCCGCCCCUCCGACCUGAUCCAUGGCGAAGUGCUGGGCAAGGGCUGCUUUGGCCAGGCCAUCAAGGUGACGCAUCGGGAGACGGGCGAGGUGAUGGUCAUGAAGGAGCUGAUCCGCUUCGACGAGGAGACACAGAGGACCUUCCUCAAAGAGGUGAAGGUGAUGCGCUGCCUGGAGCACCCCAAUGUGCUGAAGUUCAUCGGGGUGCUGUACAAGGAGAAGAGGCUCAACUUCAUCACGGAGUACAUCAAGGGGGGCACCUUGAGGGGCCUCAUCAAGAGCAUGGACAGCCACUACCCUUGGAGCCAGCGGGUCAGCUUCGCCAAGGACAUCGCCGCCGGCAUGGCCUACCUCCACUCCAUGAACAUCAUCCACCGUGACCUCAACUCUCACAACUGCCUCGUGCGGGAGAACAAGAGCGUGGUGGUGGCUGAUUUUGGGCUGGCGCGGCUGAUGGUGGACGAGAAGAACCAGCCCGAACAUCUCAAGAACCUGAAGAAACCGGACCGCAAGAAGCGGUACACGGUGGUGGGGAACCCGUACUGGAUGGCCCCUGAGAUGAUCAAUGGGAGAAGCUAUGAUGAGAAGGUGGACAUCUUCUCCUUUGGCAUUGUCCUGUGCGAGAUCAUCGGCCGGGUGAGUGCCGACCCUGACUACCUGCCCCGCACCACCGACUUCGGCCUCAAUGUCAGGGGCUUCCUGGACCGCUACACCCCCCCCACAUGUCCCCCUAGCUUCUUUCCUAUCGCCGUCUGCUGCUGUGACCUGGACCCCGAGAAGCGGCCAUCCUUCAGCAAGCUGGAGCAGUGGCUGGAAGCCCUCCGCAUGCACCUGGAGAUCCACCUGCCGCUAAGCUCCCAGCUGGAGCAGCUGGACCGAGCCUUCGGGGAGACGCACCGAUGGGGCGAAGGCGGGCUGCCCGCACCCCCCCGAUAGAGCACCCCCACCUGCACCCCCUCUGAAGCCACGGGAGAAGGAGCUGCACCCGCCGCCAGCAUCUCCUCUGGCUGCCACUGCCCCCGGGGCUGGAUCCCUGGGGCUCCCUGGAUGAGCCCCCCUACCCUGUCUCUUCUGCACGGGCUGCCCACGCUGCUGCCCGCACUGGUGCCCACAACAUCCCUGGGAGCUGGCUCUUCCCGGGGCUGCACGGCCCCUUUGCAUCCCCCCCGACACCGUAGCUCUUACCCCCAGGACAAGCCCGGCUGGCCACACCGCAGGGACUGUCCCCAUGUCCCCCCCCGCCCCGUCCCGGCUCGCUUCGCCUUUGCACGCCCGGGGGCUGCGUGGCCGCCGCACCCGCACGAGCCCCGUGGGCUCCCCCGUACAGAGCCGCGGCCUCGCGGCGGUGCCUUGGCUUUCCGUGAACUUGCACUGCGACACAGGAGGGACCCCCUGGUUCCUUUGGGGGGCGGUGGAAUGUGGCCCCCGGCCCCCCCAAGGGAGCACGGGUCCUGGGGCAGCCUUGUAGCAAUGCCCUCGUCCUCGGCCGGACACUCACGCUGCUUCUACCAGCACCCCAGGCUCGGGGGGCUGCCGGCACCCCUGGCCGAGUGAGGGGUCCAUGGUGGGGGGGGGGUGACACCCCCAUGGCAUGGGGACAGGCACGUAGCGGUCCUCACCUCCUCCACAUCCCUGCUGCCCGUGCUACUCCGUGACCGCGCAUCCCUGGGGAUGAUGACAGGUGGUCCAGAGGGAUGCGGGGAUGCGGCUUGUCUCCCUUGACCAGGGGUGGUUGGGGGGGUUGCGCCACGCGGUGCUUUUCAUGCUCUUUAUUCAGGUUCAUUUUUCUGUAAGAUAUUUAAAGAGAAGAGUUUGUAUUAUUUUUUCAUACGACGUAGCGUUUGCCAUUUGUCACUGCCUCGGUUCUGCUUUCCCGAAGGGAUGAAACUGUGAAGCCUCUCCGCGCACUUUGCCCGGGAAGUCCAAGGCGACGUCCUCUCCGGAGGUGGGAAGGGAGCUCAAACUGUGAUGUACCCCGAGCCGUGAGUCAAUAAAUCCUUCCCCGCUCA